AUGGCGACGGCGUGCGCUGCGGCGCUCGACAGCACGCUGAGCUCGCUCUCGAACUUUCCCGGCUUCUCGAGCUGCAACUUCUUGUCCGCCUUGGCACGCAACAACGUCGACUUGAGCCUCGUCGCGAGCGACUGCGGCUCGGUCAUCUGCAGCACCUUCCUCGCGACCAGCUUCUGGAGCUCGCGCUUCAGCAACUGCGACCUGAGUGACGGCGUGAACACGAUUCCCGUGUCGACCUUGCGCACCAUUUGCUUUUACCCAAGCAAGCAAGAUGCGCUCACCCGCGCGCCGACGACCAAGCCGCCCAAGACGACGACGCCUCCACCGACAACAACACUGACGCCGACCACGACGCCGCCGGUGACCGCCAUCGCGACGCGCAGCCCGAUCGACGACGCCUCCAGAGGCAACCAAACUACAUUGACGAGCGCUGCGUCAUCAACGGGCACGACUGGCAUGACAGUCGGGCUCAUUCUCAUUGGCCUUGGGCUACUGCUACUCCUAUGCCUUUUCGUGAUGGCCCGAAAGCGAGCGCAUCGCCAGAAACCGCAAGCACCCAUAGCCCAUCAUCCGCCGCCUGUCCAAGCGCAUCAUGAUGAUGACGACGACGACGACGACGACAUCGAUUGGUCCGAUGAAGUCCUCCGCUUUGUUCCAUUCUUUGGCCGGGUGCUGCAAACGGUUUGCGCUGGUAUUGGCCUCGCAGCGCUCUCUGGCGCCUUUCCCACUGUGACCACUGUUGAUGGCGUAUCGACGCAACUCGGUGGCGGCGUCUGGACGGCGCUGCUCGUUGUCUUGGUGCUGCUGCUUCUCCAAGGCGCCGCACUGGUCGUUCUUGUGUACAAAGACAUUGCGUCCCGCCCUCUUCAAGAGUGUGAGGACGACGAUGAUGCGAGCGUCCACUAUGUGCCGUUGACAACAAUUAUGAAAGCUACCGUGGUCGUCGACGUGCUCUUUAGCUUGGCCGGGCUCGUCGUCGGACUUUCAACCGCAGCCAGCGACCUCAACGCGAGUUGCGGAAGCGUGGACGGCGGCCUCUUGCGCUGCGGUCCUCUGCGCACAGCGAUUGCAUUUGACCUUUUGACAUUGCUGGUGAUGUGGACGCUCCUCGGUCUCUGGGUCGCGCGCAUGGACCCGGACGAGCGCCGCUUCCACGCCGGGUGGCCGGUGUCGCCGAGCGAAGCCUCGCACCGCGUUCCGCCCGAGCCCUACGCUGCACAUGCCACGUAG